CUCCAUAUAUGCAUGUACAGUGGAAGUCCGUUUUAAUCCUAAUCGCAUGAUCUUAAAAAAAAAUAUUGUAAAGUAUCAUUGUUUGUAAAAAUUACUAAGCACUUUUAAUGAAAGAAAUUCAUGUAUUUUGACUUGUGGCAGGUGAAGCUCUAGACUACACUAGCAAAGCAACCAGUGUCUACUCUGCGAUGAUUACUGCCCCCUACUCUGAGAUUCCUGCUGCUGGGUUUGGAGUAAAUAGUACUUUAAGAACUGCAGAUGGGAUAGUUUAUUCGUCAGUUGCUGCACCAGUUCCAUCUACAUAUGCAAUUACAACUCAACCAGGCUCCAUCUUCAGCACUACUUUUACACCUACAUCAACUGUGCAGGAUCAGUCCUUAGUGCAUUCAUAUGCCUUUGUUCCUACCACAGACCCAGGACAGAUAGUUCCAUUUGAGGCAGAUCUAUCUAAAGAGUUUUUCCCUACAGCUUUGGCUGACAUCAUAACUGGCUACCCAGAAAUGUACUCAGACACCACCCUGGAAGCAAUUGCUGCUUCUUUAGAUGUUCUAGCUUCUUCAUCAAUAUUCCCUGGCUUAGACAACACCAAGAUGGCCCAGUAUCAGAUGGAGAGGGAGUUUCUAGAGUUAGAGAAGCUUAAGCAGCUAUGUCUUGCUGAGGAGCUGGAGUGGGAAAGACAAGAAAUCCAUCGCUACCGAGAACAGGAGCAGUUUAUGGUGCAAAGGGAACUUGAAGAACUUCAAGCUCUUAAACAACAGCUUCUUCUUCAGCAAGAAGAGGAACAUCAUGCCCACAUGAUGGCCCAGCAAGAGACCUAUGCUCAACAGAAAGAGCAGUUGCAACAAAUUCAACAACUCCAACUCCAACUCCAGCGGCAGCUAGAUGAGCACUAUAGCAGUACUGGUAUGACUGGAAACCUUUUAGAAGCUAAAUAUGCAGGAGUGGGGGAUAGUGGUCAGUACUGGCCCGUAAAGGAUGAGUCUACACUUCCAUCUACCGGAGCACAAACUGAACAAUCCCAUGAGCAGCUUUACAUAGUAAAGCUUCAAGCUGACCAGGAUCUAGGGAAAAAAAUCCUUGACAGCGGUGUACAAACAGAUGACGAAGACUCUGCAGAAGAGCAGCAUAUAGGAAGGAAAAAGAAGAGUAAAAGAAACCUCGAUAACAUCGCUCAGUCUGAUGAGGACGAUCAAGAUGAGUGGGAUGCCCCUACCAAAGUUCGACGCCGUUCUCGAAAGCAUAGCAGCGAUGGGAAACAUGGCUCCAAGGUGUCUAGCAUUGCCAUCCAGACAGUAGCAGAAAUUUCUGUGCAGACUGACCAUUCCGGAACUAUCAAACGACCCAAUGUCCAAAUGGACACAAAGGUAGAAAUAAUUAAGCACAUAUCAGCUCCAGAAAACUCUCACAGAGGUGGUAGUCUGAGUUGUCAAACAGACACAGAAAGAAGGCAUUCACCUAUCGAGGUUGGAUAUAGCACACAACUAACAGCAGAUGUCCCCUCUAAAGCUAAAGUGCUGUACAGCCAAGUUUCUCCCCUAUCACCAGAAAAGUCAUAUGGAGGGCAAAGAAUGCUAACUGCUGACCCAACCAGAUUCUCCUCUGGCCCUCGAAGUUUAAAGACUGGCCAGAAGUCUUUGUCAGAUCCUAAAUCUCUUAGUCCUUCUACAGAAGACAGAAUUGGAGGAUACUAUGCAGAUAGCUAUGCUGGCCGUGGCUCUCCUGGUGGUAAGAAAGUAAAGCGAACCCUUCCAGAGCCCCCUCCUGAGGAUGACUCUUUGGCAGGAAGAUCAGGCUAUAGCACCAACUCUGCUCGUCGCCGUCUUGCCCGCAGCACAACAAUGGCACGGGCUAAGAUUCUGCAAGACAUAGACAAGGAACUUGAUCUGGUGGAAAGGGAAUCCUCUAAACUACGCAAGAAACAAGCUGAGCUUGAUGAAGAGGAAAAGGAGAUUGAUGCCAAGUUGCGGUAUCUGGAGAUGGGUAUUAACCGCCGCAAGGAGGCCUUGUUAAAGGAAAGAGAAAAGAGAGAAAGGGCAUAUCUUCAAGGGGUGGCAGAGGAAAGAGACUACAUGUCAGAUAGUGAGGUUGCCAACAUAAGAGAAACUCGAGGGGAAGGGCUGGAGAGACCACGGACUGCUCCUCAGUCAGAAUUUGAUCAGUUCAUUCCUCCCCAAACUGAAGCUGAUUCCCAAUACAAUACACUUACAAGCCCCUACUCUCAAUAUGGUCAAUAUGUUUCACAGCCUCAAACCACUAGCCAUUACACACAGCAAAAUCUGUAUCAGCAACAGUCCCUAUACCACCAUCAAGUGUCUCCUUACCAAACACUAUCACUGUCCCAUUCUCAGAAUCAACCAAGCAGCUACCAGCAUGCUUUGCUUUUGCAACAGGGAAAGCAGCGUCAAACCACCUUGUCUGAUUUAGAGCCCAAAAUUACCACCAACUAUGAGGUGAUGCGCAACCAACCUCUGCUCAUUGUGCCAACUUCUACAGAAAGUGGCUAUGGGGUUCCUCACAUGGGCAGCAAGUAUGGCAACUUGGAUUUGAGGUUAGAAGAGAGAAGCAUGGCCUCCAGUCCAAUGUCAAGUAUUUCUGCUGAUUCCUUCUAUGCUGAUAUUGACCAUCACAAUGCCAGGAACUACGUGCUUAUAGAGGACAUAGGUGAGCUCACCAAGGGCUCAACAGGACUUGGCAGUUCUGGCAUGGGUUCUGGAUUUAACCUCCCUGAUAAAGAGCUAUCAAAAGCAGACAGGCUACUCAGGGCAGCAGAAGCCAGGCGUACAGCAGAGGUGGCGGAAUUUUUGGGCUCAACACGCUAUGGAAAAGGAGAAGACGAUUCAAUGGAGGAGCCCUAUGAACUGAAGCUACUGAAGCAACAAAUAAAGCAAGAGUUUAGGCGAGGAACUGAAGGACUAGAACAUUUAACAGGCCUUGGCCUUUCCCAAUAUCUCUCGAGUGAUAGUAGUUUUCGCCACUUCCCUAAAGGAGAGAAAUAUAGCAUUGGAAGACUCACUCUUGAAAAGCAGGCUGCAAAGAAUCUUCCCGCUGCUAUGCUGUACCAGAAACAGAUGAAGAACAAAAAGGCUUUGUUAGACUCCAAGGCCAUCACAAAAUUUUCCCCAAUUCAGGAGAGUAGGGACCUUGAGCCUGAAUUUGGUAGCUACAUGGGAUCUGGGGCUUCCUCUGUGUCUAAUCUAGCAGCUAGAGCUAGGUUACUUCAAGACGAAAUCACGUUUGGGUUAAGGAAAAACUUGUCUGAGCAGCAAAAAUAUUUGGGGUCUUCAUUAGGAGCCAACCUUUCUGGUUCUCUUAACCUCGGCCAGUCUCUUAGCUUAGGAUCCACUAUCAGAGGCACCACUCAGGAGGAUGGCACGUACCCAAGUGGCACUCGAUCUCGUCCCUCUUCGCGUCCAUCUUCUCGACCAUCUUCUAUAUAUGGUUUAGAUCUGUCCAUCAAAAGGGAUCUGUCUAGUUCCUCGCUCAGACUUAAGACAGAGGGGGAAGUCCUGGAUGCAGCAUUUGCUCCUGGAGUCUCUAGGGCAAAACCUACUAGUUUGCCAAUCAGCCAAAGUCGGGGCCGUAUCCCCAUUGUGGCUCAGAACUCCGAGGAGGAAAGUCCUCUGAGCCCAGUGGGGCAGCCUAUGGGUAUGGCUAGAGCUUCUGCUGGUCCCCUACCUCCAAUUUCUGCUGACUCCAGGGAUCAAUUUGGCUCUAGCCAUUCCUUGCCAGAAGUACAACAACAUAUGAGGGAGGAAUCUCGGACACGCGGCUAUGAUAGAGACAUCGCAUUCAUCAUGGAUGAUCUGCAAGGUGCCAUGUCUGACAGCGAAGCGCUAAGUGAGUCCAUGCUGGCUUUAAACAGAGGUGAUGCCAGAAUCUUUCAUGAAAGUAUCAGACACGCCGGAGGCCCAAACUGGAAUAUAGAAGCUUACCACCUGCGUAGAGAGGACACUGAUUGGUUUGAUAAGCCAAGAGAAGGGCAGCCUCAGAGUGGACACAUGUCGGACAGGAGGCAGAUGAAAUUGGUUCCUUACACCUUCCCUCACACUCGCAUCAAGCUUAAGCGAGACAUGACAGACACAAGUAUAUCAGGCAAUGGACUUGGGGUCCGUGUGGUGGGCGGGAAGGAGAUUCCAGGAAGCCGUGGUGAGAUUGGAACCUACAUCGCUAAGGUUAUUCCUGGUGGCAUGGCGGAACAAACAGGGAAAAUUGUUGAGGGAAUGCAAGUGUUGGAGUGGAAUGGAGUUCCUCUAACAGGGAAGACUUACGAAGAAGUGCAAUGCAUUAUGGGCAAGCCUUGUGCAGAGGCGGAGCUCUGUGUGAGACUCAGUGACCUUAAUAUGCUGUCUGACCCCGAGCACCCACAGGCUCUGGAGCACCAUGUCCAGCUUAAGGCUGGAGGUGGCCAGAGAUCCCCUGGUGUGGAUCCUAAACAGUUAGCUGCAGAGCUCCAAAAGGUGUCCCAGCAGCAAACUCCUGAGAUAGCAGGAACAGGACCUGGGGGCUUGGGGGUCCUCUCUGCACUAGAGCGUUCUGCCCUCCUUCACUCGGGCCCUGGGUCAGCAGCCUCCAGUGGGGUUCCAAGCCCUGGCCAGCCAGCAUCACCUGCUAUCAAUAAGAAACAGCGACACAAGCCAACAGAGGUGAUGAAAACACCUCAUCCCAUCACUGGAGAAAUUCAGCUUCAGAUUAACUAUGACAGAAAUCUGGGAAACCUGAUUGUACACGUACUGCAGGCAAGAAACUUGGCCCCCCGAGACAAUGACGGUUAUUCGGACCCCUUUGUGAAGGUCUACCUUUUACCAGGGAGAGGCCAAGUCAUGGUUGUCCAGAAUGCAAGUGCUGAUAACAAGAGAAGGAUCAAGUAUGCCCAGAAGACCACAAACCCAGAAUGGAACCAAACUGUCAUCUACAAGAACAUCCAUUUGGAGCAGUUAAAGAAAAAGACACUGGAGGUAACAGUGUGGGACUAUGACAGAUCCUCCUCUAAUGACUUUCUGGGAGAAGUUCUGAUUGAUUUGUCAAACACAGCCCAGCUGGACAACACUCCCCGCUGGCUACCUCUGAAAGAGCAGAGUGAAAGCAUCGAACACAGCAGAACUCACCAUGCUGCCCAAGCUCCACCAGGGUCUGGAUCAGGACAGGGUCAUGGUCAGGGACAUUGCACAGGUCAGGGCCACACAUCAGUGUCUGGACAGGGACAUGGAAUGGGACAGGGUCAGGUACCAGGACAGGGAGAUCUUAGUCAUGAUUCCCCUAAAAACUCUGUGAUCAAGAGCCGGAGCCAUGGAAUAUUCCCUGAUCCAGCCAAAGACAUGCAAAUGUUACCUUUGGAAAAGUCCCACAGCAGCCCAGGCAGCUCCAAGUCUUCCUCUGAUGGCCAGUUGCGCUCCCAUGGCCCUUCCCGAAGCCAAAGCAAGAGUAGUGUCACUCAGGCCCACCUUGAGGACGCUGGGAUAGCCAUUGCUGCCGCAGAGGCUGCCGUGCAGCAGUCUCGCCUGCAACCAAGACCGGGACACCGACUGGGUGAUGUCUCAGGGUCAGUGGUGUUAUCUGCCCCAAGCCUGGUAGGAGAUGCUUAUGGUGGUCUGGAUGGAGAUGAAGGGGCCGGCAUUGGAGUGGACAGUGCCAUUUUUCAAGUGCCACGAAUUGGUAAGACUAUUCCUAACGGUACCGACAAAAACCAACAAAUCACUCCAGAGAAUGAAGGUGGUAAAACUCAAGUUAUAGGGGAAAUUAAGGUUGCUCUUAAGAAGGAGGUGAAGACAGAGGGAGACCAGCUUGUCCUGGAAAUCCUUCAGUGCAGAAAUAUUACUUAUAAGUUCAAAAGCCCGGACCACCUGCCAGACCUGUAUGUCAAGUUGUAUGUGGUGAAUGUAGCCACUCAGAAGAGGAUCAUCAAGAAAAAGACCAGAGUUUGUCGACAUGACCGGGAGCCUUCCUUUAAUGAGACCUUCAGGUUUCCCCUCAACCCAACAGGACAUUCUAUUCAGCUUUUCUUGGUGUCCAACGGAGGGAAGUUUCUGAAGAAGACCUUAAUAGGGGAAGCCUAUAUCUGGCUUGACAAGGUGGACAUGAGGAAGAGAGUGGUCAGCUGGCACAAACUGUUCGUGAGCUCCAACUUGACAAACCCCUGAGUGCCACCCAAUGAGAUGCAAAAGAUAAACCGAGAGAUACAUUAGAGUAUAACGGGGAAAAAGAAGACAAAAAAGUAAGAUAACAGAAAUAUACAUUAAAAUCAUAUAUUGAGUUCAUAGAUCAUUAGAUGAAGGGAACUAUGUGCAGAUAACAUUGCAUGUCUUGUCAGUCAAACACUGCCAGCGCACGUUUCCCUCUUUUUAUGUCAGUUCUCUAUAGACUUUGGUUGGAUGCAAACAUGCAAAGACAGUUGCUGACUGAUAUUCCUCUGCAAUAUGGCUUUAGGACAGUUAUAUUUUUAUGACAUAGUUCCAUUGUAUGAUCCACAAUUAUAAUUUUGAUAUUGCACGGGAGAACUUAACCAACUAACCGAGGAAAAGAUUUUAAAAUUAUAACAAAAAAUGUAUGUAAUUCUUAUGAGAGUUUGCAGACAUCAGUGGUGUUGAUGUAUUUAAAGAUAAAGGAAUGCAUAUGAUGCCAUGAUUUUUGUAUGACAGAACUUCCAAUUUAUGUCAACGCAGGAAAAAAAAAUCAGACUGUUGAACUUUUGCAGUGGGAUGAAGAUUAAAUGUACAGCACUUCUAACAUUUUGGUUAUCCCACACGCAGAUUACAGAGCAUAUCAAAUAAUUGUACAGUGUGAUAUAUAUAUAAAACCUUAAAAUUAGCAUAUGCAGAAUAUAACUAAAUACAACAUAGAGUAUAAGAGUUGUUCUCUUGUCACCAGAAUAUAUAUAUGGUAAUAUCGACAAAUGUUCCAGGUUGAGGCAGUGGGUGGUGCACUGACAAUCCAGUAAUCUAAUGUAUAAGCAGUCUUUAUAACUUUUAGGUAAAUGCGGACCUAUGUGAGCUGAAGGUUGGCCAUAUUGUCACACUGAUGCACCUCUGUGUUGAACAGGCCUGUGAUCAUGGGUUGAGUCAACAUCAGCGAACAGAUUACUAUACCACAAGCAUCAUAUUUAGGGGUAGACUUACCAGAAGAACGAACAGCAUCUUGCACAUGCUGUGUUGAAUGUAACAAAUGUUACAACUGUUCAGAAUGACAGACGUUUACACAUCUAUGUCAUUUGUGCAACAUUUUACUUUUAGGUUGCAGUAGUUUUUUUUCCUCUCUGUAACUUCCAUCAUGUUAUCACACUGUUGCUAUGAAAAUGUAAUUCAUAGAAGUUGUGUCAAAACCAUAAAAGCUCUGUGUGACUGCUCUGAUGUCUCUGUGUUAGCAAAGCCCUUUUAUUUUGGUUUUACCUGCAAAAAAUGUCAAAAUGUAGAUAAAAAAAGUCAAAUGCUCCUCUGUGUCUCUGGCUGUGCUUGUAAAAGACUAAAAUGUUUUGUCUCAGUGACUCCUGUUAAACACAGUGGACCAGCAUCUUUCACUGCCUGUGAUAAAAAUAUUUUCUCAGGCAUGAUAAGGGUCAGAGGAACACAUGAGGCCAAGUCUCAAUUCUCAUGUGUAUGCAGGGGACUCUUGUAUGUACGUUCUUGUUUAUCUUUUAACAUUGUGCGACCACAUAAACAAAAUCAGAAAAGAUGACAAAAAAAGAGAAUUAUCCAAUAGAACUGCUGUCAAGUGUGUCUAAUUGUAAAACAGGGCUGAGACAACUUUUAAUCAACAAACACACAAAGAGCAAGAUGUCACUCAUACACUAAAUUACAAUCCCGAAGGUACCAUACUUAAAAUUGUAAAUUAUUAGUUGUGCCAUCCAAUUAUUUAUUUACGUAUUUAUUUAUGUAUUUAUAUAUAUUACAAUAUUUCUUUCUCUUUUUUUAAUGUUUUCCCAGACCCAUCAGUUCUUUUAUUAAGGUAAUUCUAUGCAACAUAUGUGUUCGAAUGCAUUUAUGUUAAAUUCUCUGAACAUAUUGUCAUAAAAUGUCUUAAUAGAAAAGUAAUUAUGAUUUGUACAUUUGGUGAGAGAAAAAUAUUAAAUAUCUUUAUUUUGUACUUAUUUUAGUAUAUAUUGAUGUUAACCACUGUUAGCAUCUACAUGGAGCUUGUGCACUUUAUUACAAUGUUUGUUUUCCUGUCUCGUUUUAACUGUCGGGACAUUCCAAAUUACAUGGUUUGUGUCUCUGCACUAAGAAUUUUAUGAGUCACAGUGUAUGUGGUGGCAGGAAGUAUUGUGGUGUACAUUUUUGUAUCUAUGUGGCAAAAGAUAAACAUACUUAACACGUAGGGGUUCCCCAAAAGGGAUGCACAAUUUUCAGUGAAAUCCACUACUCCAUGCUCAUAGUGUACUGAACAGUCUGUGUACACAGUGCAGUAAGCCGUCUUAUUGCCCAGUCAUGACUGUCAAACCGCUCGUGUUUCAUUAGACUUAGUUCUAAAUGCCGUUUGUUCAGAUCAACCGUUGCCUGUAUUUGUGAACCCAUUCAUUUGUUGUUGUCCUGAGGGGCGUGAAUGUGCUCAAGUUGUUUGACAUGUGUACAUGAAGUGUUUAUUUUCUACAAUGACUGAAUGUUUAUAUGUCCGAGGUUUGAGCAUGUGAGUGUAAAAUAAGUAAUAAAAAAGAUAAAUCCGAAUCACAGAACGCUGGUAAUUGCACAGCGAUGGGUGACUAGAGUACUUUAAGGGGAGCUGAGAAUUUAUCAAAACAUGUGCUGUUGCACUGAUGAUUAUAAGUGAGAUUAUAUCGUCUAACCUGCAGAAACAACUGAUAAGGUGGGAAUAUGUUCAAUUUAAGUAGUUGUCUCAAACCUUUUGUUUUGGAUGUUGCAUGUUUUGUUGAUGGUUUGUCUGUAUAUUUUGCCCACAGAUUAUGUUUUAAAAAAAGAAAGAAAAUAUGUAUAGAUCUAUCUGUAUGCUGAGUGUAUAGAGAUAUGCUUGUAAAAUUGUCUUGUUUUUCACUCAGUGUAAAAACAAAGCAUAUAAUGUUAUGGUUUUGUGGUUGUACACGGGGUGUGUUGAGAUAUGCAAAUUGUGCUGAAAAAAAACAUUUCUCUUGAGUCAAAAGAAUAAAUAUUAAGAGCUAUAUUGCAAAUGAA